AUGUCAGCGUCAGCGUAUCAUGUGGCGAACCUUUUGCGACAAGACAAAAACGGUGUAGGCAGUGAAGUUGGGAGAAACACACUCGCAAAGCUCACACGGGAUGUGGAGGCAUUUUUGGCUCGUGCGGUGGAUGUUCCCCCUGUCGUGAUGGAGACGUCACACGAGGAGAGCGAGGCUGGGUCAAUGGAGGUGCAGCUUAGCGUUGUGGCGGGUGUCUUGGAGCCACGCGAGCCUGCCAACAACGCCACGGCGGUUGACGGUGUCUUGCUGCCGACGGCGAAGAAUCAUGCGACGGUUGACCGGCAGCGGGUGCGUGAGGCGCAGGCGAUGUUGAACCUUUUGAGCGCCCUCUCAACGAGUGGCGGCGCACCAGCUGUCUCUGUGGCUGCUAAACCACAUCCUCAGGCCGCUGUGGAGGGUGAAGAAAUGGACGGGGUGGAAUCCGACGACGAAUCCAUUGCGGUGUUUGAUGCCGACGAGCUGGCAAAGGACACGAGCUCUUCGGAGGACGAAAGUGACGCGCAAAGGCGGCCGCCGCCUCGCAUAUUGGAGUUGAACUGA